CUCCCGGAGGACAGAGCGGCCGGGUCGCCGGCAUGGUGUCUCCGUCCUGCUGCGGCCGGCAGGAGGCAAUCCGGCCAGGCGCCCGUUAGCUACGGCGGCGACCCAGACGGGGAAAGUGGAAGGAAUGCUGCGUGCAAGCAGACAGCCAGUGUGGAAGAAUGGCGGUGAGCCACUCAGUAAAGGAGCGGACCAUCUCUGAGAACAGCCUGAUCAUCCUACUGCAGGGCCUCCAGGGCCAGGUAACCACAGUGGACCUGCGGGAUGAGAGUGUGGCCCACGGACGCAUAGACAAUGUCGAUGCUUUCAUGAACAUCCGCCUAGCCGAAGUCACCUACACGGACCGUUGGGGGCAUCAGGUCAAGCUGGAUGACCUCUUUGUGACAGGCCUCAAUGUCCGUUACGUCCACAUCCCAGAUGAUGUGAACAUCACCUCCACCAUUGAGCAGCAGCUGCAGAUUAUCCAUCGUGUGCAGAACUUUGGUGGCAAGGGCCAAGGCCAGUGGGAAUUUCCCUCCAAAAACUCUAUGUGACGCCCUCAGCAAGCCUGGCCCCAACUCGUGUUCCUCUGGUGUUCUCUGGAGCCAGGUCUCUGCCCUCACACCCUGUCCGGAACCUGAGAAGAGAGCAGGGCCGGCCCAGAAGCUGGUGUCCAACAGACACCACCUGUCAAAGCUGCCUUUCACAGGGCUCCACCUCCCAGACUCAGUCUGGGACCCAGAAUCCUGUCUAUCUGUGGCGUUGGGGUAGGUGACAAUCCCCCUUUUUGAUGAUCUGAAUCUCUGACUUCUUGAUUAUGUAAUCUGUCAAGUAGUUUUCAGUUCUCUCAGUGAGGAUAAUUAAAGGUGCUCAGCCUGAG